AUGGCUCGAAUGCAUUCAUUCAGUGGAGUGAGACAGUGCAGUGCAGACACUGAGUCAAGGGUGAAUGGGUGCGGUGUACUCCCAAAACAUCACGGCCCUGCCGCGCCAAUUCCUCCCUCCCUAUUUCUGGGUGACUUGCCGUCUUCUUUUCAUCUUCCUCCCGGUCAUCGAAUAAGUUCUUGUCUUUCACGCUCAGACUUUGCUCCACCUCCCUCUUGCAUCGCAAUCGAUAUCGACAUUCCCCGCCACUUUCAGGUAGUUUGUUGCCUCUCCGACGACUCCAAACAACUUCCUCGGCAACCUGCUUCCACUGCUCAGCAAUUCAACUCUUGA